CCACAUGCGCGCGCCUCGCCACUGUCUGAGAGCGGUCUCACCAGCCACGUCCUAACUUCAUGGUGGCAGCGUCUUGUUUGGAUCUGAAAAGCCGUAUUUUGCACUAAUUUACAGUAAGAAUUAACAACAAAUUGUAGACGCCAAAGGGAAACACAAAAUGCCUCUACGUUUGGACAUAAAACGUAGACUGACUGCGAGGUCCGACCGAGUCAAGAGUGUCGAUCUUCACCCAACGGAGCCAUGGAUGCUCUGCUCGUUGUACCAGGGCAAUGUCAACAUCUGGAACCACGAGAGCCAGACCCUGGUGAAGACCUUCGAGGUCUGCGACCUGCCAGUCAGAACAGCCAAGUUCGUACCCAGGAAGAACUGGGUGGUCACUGGCUCUGAUGACAUGCAAGUCCGCGUCUUUAAUUACAAUACCCUGGAGAGAGUGCACUCCUUCGAGGCCCAUAGUGAUUACGUCAGAUGUAUCGCGGUGCAUCCCACACAGCCGUUCAUACUCACCAGCAGUGAUGACAUGCUGAUAAAGCUCUGGAAUUGGGAGAAAUCCUGGCGAGGUCAGCAGGUCUUCGAGGGCCAUACCCACUACGUAAUGCAGAUUGUCUUCAAUCCAAAGGACAAUAACACGUUUGCAAGUGCCUCCCUGGACAGAACCGUAAAAGUCUGGCAGUUGGGAUCGUCGACGGCGAAUUUUACCCUGGAGGGACACGAGAAGGGAGUUAACUGCGUGGACUACUACCACGGUGGUGACAAGCCCUAUCUUAUCUCCGGAGCUGAUGACAGAUACGUCAAGAUCUGGGAUUACCAGAACAAAACCUGUGUCCAGACCCUGGAGGGCCACACGCAGAAUAUUUCCGCUGUUUGUUUCCAUCCUGAGCUGCCAAUUGUUCUCACUGGGUCUGAGGAUGGGACCGUGAGGAUUUGGCACGCAGGGACGUACAGACUGGAGUCCUCGUUGAAUUACGGCUUCGAAAGGGUUUGGACAAUUGCGAGCAUGAAGGGGUCUAAUAACGUGGCCAUUGGGUACGACGAGGGAAGUGUUAUGAUCAAGGUUGGAAGGGAGGAGCCUGCAGUGUCCAUGGAUUCGAUGGGUGGGAAGAUCGUAUGGGCGAAGCACAGCGAAAUUCAGCAGGUGAACCUGAAAGCCCUCGGGGAAGAAUCACAAGACGGUGAACGCCUGCCACUGGCCGUGAAGGACAUGGGCGCCUGCGAGAUCUACCCCCAGACGAUUCAGCACAACCCUAACGGCCGUUUCCUCGUAGUCUGCGGUGAUGGUGAGUACAUAAUCUACACUUCCAUGGCCCUCCGGAACAAGGCUUUCGGUCAGGCCCUGGAAUUCGUCUGGGCGGCCGAUUCCUCCCAGUACGCAGUUCGUGAGAGUUCCUCAGUCGUCAAGGUCUUCAAGAAUUUCAAGGAGAAGAAGGUCCUGAAACCGGAUUUCGGAGUGGACGGUAUCUUCGGAGGAUUUCUUCUAGGAGUCUCCUCGGUCUCAGGUCUUUCCUUCUUCGACUGGGACACGUUGAAACUCGUCAGGAGGAUCGACAUUCAACCGACCCACGUUUACUGGGCGGAGAAUGCCUCUCUGAUCGCCCUGGCGACUGCCGACCAAUACUUCAUCCUGAAAUAUCAUGGGGAUGUCGUCGCUAAUGCUCCGGAGAAUGCUGAGGAUAUCGAAGAUGCCUUUGAGAUGGUGGCAGAUAUGUCUGAGGUCGUGAAGACAGGACUCUGGGUGGGCGACUGCUUCAUCUACACCAACAGCGUUAACAGAAUCAACUAUUUUGUUGGAGGCGAAGUGGUGACAAUAUCCCACCUGGACAGGCCGAUGUAUCUCCUGGGCUACGUUCCCAGGGACAACAGACUGUACCUCUGUGACAAAGAGCUGGCAAUCGUCUCUUACUCCCUCCUCCUCUCGGUCCUGGAGUAUCAGACAGCGGUGAUGAGGAAGGACUUCGUAACAGCUGAUCGAGUCCUUCCAACUGUGCCCAAAGAGCACAGAACUCGGGUCGCUCACUUCCUGGAGAAACAGGGCUUUAAGAAACAGGCGCUCGAUGUAUCGACAGAUCCUGAGCACAGAUUUGAGCUGGCACUUGCCCUUGGAAAUCUGGAGAUUGCGCACAAUCUGGCGAAGGAGGCAAACAGCCAGCAGAAGUGGAGGCAAUUGGCCUCGCUGGCGACACAAAAGGGAAAGCUCACGCUCGCACAGGAGUGUCUUCAUCAGGCACAGGACUUUGGGGGGCUAUUGCUGCUGGCCACCAGCACUGGCAACGCAGGAAUGAUCGAGAAGCUGGGGGAGGCUGCUGACGAUGGUGGGAAAAAUAAUAUUUCAUUCCUGUCGAGCUUCCUCCUAGGGGAUGUUGACAAGUGUCUGGAUAUCCUGGUGAAGACCGACAGAAUACCUGAGGCCGCAUUCUUCGCCAGGGCUUACGCUCCCAGCAAGAUCUCACAUGUCGUGAAAUUAUGGAGGGAGAAACUGUCGACGGUCAGCGAAAAGGCCGGACAGAGUCUCGCUGAUCCUGAACAGUACGAGAACCUCUUCCCCGGGUAUAGGGAGUCACUCAAGGUCGAACAAUUCCUGAGGGCCGAGGGGAAGAGGAGAAUACCUGCUGCUGAGUUUUCUGCUGUCAAGCCAAAUAUUGAGAGAAAACCUCUGGAGGAAAUGCUGGCGACCGAGCAAGCCGGGGGACUCUACUCAGGUGACAGUCUGAGAUCUGCAGAGGACGAUCACGAGUCUGACAAAUUAGUCAACAGAUUACAAGGCCUCGGGCUUGGGAGACCUGAGCCCCUCGAGCCCCAGUCCCUGAACGCCCCUAAAACCAGUAAAUCAAGGCCCCUCACCAUCGACGACGACGAUCUUGACCUGGACCUCGAGCUCGACGAAAAUAUCGAUACAACUGAUGUUAAUCUGGACGAUGAUCUCCUGGCAGAAGAUUAGAACGGAUGAGGAUAAUAAAGUGGGUUUAUUAUAUAUUCGAUCGCCAGCCAUUCCCCGUCAUUAUUUUCCAUCUGUUUGAGUAUUAAAGUGAUGAACUCAUCAAAGGGAGACUUUUUUAAUUGUUUGAAUAUUUUACAUGAUUUCAGACCACACGAAACAUCAAUAAAAAUUAAAUAUAUUGUUAAUAUAAAUAAAUAUGGGCGUUGCAAUGCCCGAAUUUUCGUCAAAAAAAU